GGUCGCAUGUGGGAUGACAUUUGAUAAACCAGGAAAUACAAACUGGCUGCUGGAGUCUGCAUUACUUUGAACCAUAAAGGUUUGUCAGGAUAAAGUUCUCUUGGCAUUCGUGCUCAUGUUACACUUCAGUUUCACAGAUUUACUGACCUCAGUGCAUUUGAGCUGUGAUCAAACAUGCAAGUGACUCGGAGUCAGAUGUCGCUGUUUCUUUGUCUGCUAUCAUGCGCGUCGGUUAUCGGAGCUCGAUAUACUCCUGACUGGACAAGUCUGGACUCCAGACCUCUGCCUGGAUGGUACGACGAGGUGAAGUUCGGCAUCUUCGUUCACUGGGGGGUGUUUUCGGUGCCCGCUUUCGGCAGCGAGUGGUUCUGGUGGAACUGGAAGGGGGCACACGACUUUAAGUAUAUCCUGUACAUGGUAAAGAACUACCCUCCAGGUUUCAGCUACGCGGAUUUUGCGCCUGAUUUCCACGCGCAGUUUUUUGACCCUGAUGCUUGGGCUGAGAUCUUCGAAGCUUCCGGAGCAAAAUAUGUGGUCCUUACAUCGAAACAUCACGAAGGGUUCACAAACUGGGAAUCCCCGACUUCCUGGAACUGGAAUUCUGUUGAUAAUGGACCUCACAGAGAUCUGGUUGGAGAUUUAGGCAAUGCGGUAAGAAAAAGGUCUCUGCAUUAUGGACUCUAUCACUCUCUGUACGAAUGGUUCAAUCCCCUCUACCUGAGUGACAAACAAUCUGGUUUCAAGACCCAGGAGUAUGUUGCAAGAAAAGCAAUGCCUGAACUCUACGAUCUGGUCAACAGGUACAAGCCAGACUUGAUUUGGUCUGACGGCGACUGGGAAGCACCGGACACUUACUGGAACUCUACAGAAUUCCUUGCCUGGCUCUACAACGACAGUCCAGUCAAAGACAUAGUGGUGGUCAAUGACAGAUGGGGGAACGGAUGUUACUGCAAACAUGGAGGUUACUACAACUGCGCCGACAAAUUCAGUCCUGGCGAGCUGCCCAAACACAAGUGGGAGAAAUGCCAAUCAGUGGACACUAUAUCAUGGGGGUAUCGCAGAAAUAUGAAGCUGAGUGAGCUGAUGGAUCUGCCAGCGCUUAUAAAGGACCUGGUCUACACUGUGGCUUUAGGUGGGAAUUACCUGUUGAAUGUGGGGCCCACAGCAGAUGGUGUGAUCGCUCCUGUGUUUGAGGAACGUCUCAGAGGAAUCGGAGCCUGGCUGCAGAUCAACGGUGAAGCCAUCUAUGCAACGAGCUCUUGGAGAGUUCAAGCUGAGAAUGCCACUGUUCCUGUCUGGUAUACAUCGAAAAACUCCACAGUGUAUGCGAUCUUUACCUCCAGUCCCAACCAGAACACCUUUGAACUUUCUGCACCCAAAACCUCGGACAACACAGUGGUGACUUUGUUGGGGAAUCCUAAACCUUUGAAAUGGGCUCCUCUGCAUUCAUCGGGACUGAUUUUGUUGCUGCCUGAUCUGCCUUUCUCACCCGCACAGGCCUGGACGCUCAAGCUGGAAGGGGUCGCCUGAAACCUUUAAGAUCUUAAUGAGGUUAUCAGGAUUUUUUUAAUGUUUAUGUAGAUUUCUGUAUUUUUCUACUUGAAGUGUGACCUAUGUGAAUGGCCUUUAUUACCAAAGCUGUGAAAUGCUGCAUUUUCAAAUGGAUUGUUUUGAAUCGUGCGGUUGUGUUCAAAACACUAUUUUUACAGGUCUGUCAGGGGCAUAAAUUUUUGCAUAAAUAAAUUAUUCA